UCGAACAUUGUUUACAUGUUGAAAAAGCCGCAAGUUUUGUGCUUUUAUUUUACGUGAAAAUGAAUCAAUUUGUUCGUGGAACUUGCGAGGAUAUGUGUCCGAAAUCGGAAAUAGACCUACGGAUCCGCGAACGAUUGGUUCAUUUCUUCGAAACAGAAGCGCCCGGCAUUCCCGAUCGGCAUCGAAUGGUGAAGGAAUUCAGUCGAUCCGCCGCCGACAGACGGCAGCCAAAACCAUGGGAAAUACGAACUCCUAGGGCACUGAUGGAGAGCUUGCAUUACCUGCUUACCAUAGUGCUUACGGACUCUCGGCGUCCUUUCCACCAGCGGUACGAGUUCAUAUUCGAUCGGAUGCGUGCCAUCCGUCAGGAAGUCGUUAUCCAGGACCUUCCUGCAGCGGAGACCCUUCCGCUUCUUAAACCGAUCGUCCGUUUCCUCUGCCUCAGCGCUUAUCGCCUCUGCGAAUCACCGAUCAGUGAGUUUGAUCCAAAAAUAUGUUCUCAACACUUACAAGAAUGCCUUAAAAAAGUGCUCCGUUGUCAAGAGGAACUAAGCAAGCUCGAAAAAUCAUUCACCUGGGAACGCUUCGAAAUGGAACGGCUGUACUUGGCAUUUAACCUCGGCAGUGCGGAAGCUACGAGCUGGGCAAUCAAUCGCCAUGGCACAGUUAAACCGGAACUGAUGCCCCACAUAGCCGCCCAAUUAGACUGCCUACGGGGAAACUUCUUUGGUGCAAUACAACGCAUGUUUCGCUUCACUCCGCUCGAGGCGGCCGUCGCGUCGUUGCAGCUUCCCACAUUCCGACGCCGAAUACUGCAACAGUUCUCGAUCGCGUAUCAAAGUCGUGUGCAAACGGUACCUCUCGAAUGGCUCGAAACAGUUCUCCAUUACGAUAUGCACGAGCGUACGUUCCUGCCGGACGACUGUCGCCAUUACAACAUUCAGAUAGUACCGAGUGACAAGGAAAACCGCGCCUGGGCAGUGAAAUUCGAGAGGACCCAGUUCGACGCGCAGCAGGCCGUGAUUCCACCGAGAAAAAGUCGCUUCAUUGACGACGCGUUGGAACGAAGCGGAAGUAUUUCGGAUGUGUUACUCUGUGAUUUUUACGGCUAAAGUGAAGUUGAGAAUUCGAGGAAGCCCCCUACCCCUAUCUUUCAAUUGUUUUGAUGCUAGAUUGUGUGAUGGUCAUCUUUAUUUUUCUCUCUGGUGACAUAAUAAAAUUACUUAGUACCGACAAGCCGAAUAACAAGGUAGGAUUUCGUCUCUAACUGUAGAUUGUACUCCCUUUUCCUCCUUUUUCCUCCUUUAACUUUGUGCAUGUAGCGGCUGCGAUCCGGCACCGCUAGCACCAAGUGAAACAUUCAUCCUUUUCUGAUCUGAUUCAUAUCACGUUAUUCUGUUAAAAGUUUCUUAUGUUAACAUUAGAAAACAAACAAAACAAAAUGAUUGCACCAACUUUCCCAGCCGUGUGUGCGUGGAGAAACAUAGUUUUAGUCUGUUUAUGUACAACUUCUGCUCGACCCGCGAUGCUGCAGCUAAUUGGACUAAUUCUACUGGCACAUAAACAUAAACGAACUAAAGCGCGAAUAGUGGAUGAUCCGUCUUGAAAACGCGAC